AUGGAGGAGUACUGGCGGCCGGGCCCGGACGGCAACGACAUCCAGAAGACCAACGUGCCCAACCUGCGCAUGCGCUUCCGCCUGGACUCGUACCAGGACGAGACGCGGCUCGUGCUGGGCGGCGCGCUGUCGCACCAGGCGCGGCGGCAGGCGGCGCUGGCGGCGCGCGGGGACUGA